GGAGGCAGAGCAGGAGGAAGCCGGAAGUGCAUAGGGUCCGGGUCGGUCCGGGCGUUGCGGGAUUGGGGCCUGGAAUCGCUCGGCCCCCGGCAGCUGAGAAGCCCGUGACAGGGCAGAGCGGCGCCAUCCCAGCCCUGAGGACUGCUGACCGUCCUAGGUCCCCCCGCCCCCCCGUUCUCCGGUGUCGGGCCUGACAGCCGCGCGCCUGCCUCACCUGCCGCGAACCCAGAGCAUCGCUCUUUUCCCCGGGACAGACAGGCUCUGCGAGCCCCGCAGAGGUCGGCGGCGACCAGCAGCGACCGCAGAGCGACGGCGGGCGGCCCCGGGCAUGUACGCCCCCGGAGGCGCAGGGCUGCCCGGCGGGCGCCGGCGGAGGAGCCCGGGAGGCAGCGCUCUGCCCAAGCAGCCGGAGCGUAGCCUGGCCUCGGCCCUGCCUGGGGCCCUGUCCAUCACGGCGCUGUGCACUGCCCUCGCCGAGCCUGCCUGGUUGCACAUCCACGGAGGCACCUGUUCCCGCCAGGAGCUGGGGGUCUCAGACGUGCUGGGGUACGUGCACCCGGACCUGCUGAAAGAUUUCUGCAUGAAUCCCCAGACAGUGCUGCUCCUGCGGGUCAUCGCUGCCUUCUGCUUCCUCGGCAUCCUGUGUAGUCUCUCUGCGUUCCUUCUGGAUGUCUUUGGGCCCAAGCACCCAGCCCUGAAGAUCACCCGUCGCUACGCCUUUGCCCACAUACUAACCGUCCUACAGUGUGCCACCGUCAUCGGCUUCUCUUACUGGGCUUCUGAACUCAUCUUGGCCCAGCAGCAGCAACAUAAGAAGUACCAUGGCUCCCAGGUCUAUGUCACCUUUGCCGUUAGCUUCUAUCUGGUGGCAGGAGCCGGUGGGGCCUCAAUCCUGGCCACAGCAGCCAACCUCCUGCGCCACUACCCGACAGAGGAAGAAGAGCAGGCGCUGGAGCUACUCUCCGAGAUGGAGGAGAAUGAGCCCUACCCAGCGGAGUAUGAGGUCAUCAACCAAUUCCAGCCGCCCCCAGCCUACACACCCUAGUGCCCACCGUGGGCUUUCUUCCUCGGCAGUCCUCCCCGACUCUGCAGCUCCUCUUAUACCCAGAGGAGCCCCUUUUCCCAGCAGGCCUCACUGGUAGGAUCCUGACCAUUGUCACCAAAACUUCCUAAGAGAGACUCUGCCUUUAGGGUUGUCCAUGUAGCCCUGCUGUCGACACCUGAGGUUCAUUGAUUUUAUAUAAUGCACUGUCUCCCCUCCUGCCACCUUCUGUUCCCUUCACGUUCACUAGUCAUUACCAACCAGGGAUGUCAUAUAAGUUUUCUCCCCUCACGGACCAUAUCUUUAGGAUUGGGACUUUUCCUUAGGGAGCUGCUGAUAGUGGACAGUCCCAGAUGGAAGUAUCAACAGGGCCCAAGGGGAAGGGGACUGUGCCCUGCGGGCUCACUUCACAGGGAUCAAUGAUUCCACAGCUGUAGCUCUGGGCUGGCCGCCCCUCACCCCCGGCCCUCAUUCCUUCUCGGAGUGCUCUAAUACCAGGCUGCCCACUCCGUGGAGUUCUCUGCACUUUAGCCUUUGGACUUCUCUUCACAUGUGUUCUGGUUUUGUGGGGAGAAGGACCCGGUGUGGGGGAAGCAAAGCAGUUGCUCUCCCCGCCCUGCCCUUGCUUUGUGUGGCUGGAGCCCAGGCCACGAGAGCAGAAGCUGGUCUCCUGGUGCCUGUCAAGGAUCAGAGGGGAACUAGAUCUCCCCACUCCCUUCACCUUUUAAAUGUGAGUUGUCUUAAAAAGAAAAAACCAAGCAGCAGCAACAAUAUUCUCUUUUUAAAAUAGGGACAAAUCUGUUGUUUUUCAGAAACAUGUCCUAUUCCUUUUGGCACUGCAAUAUUUUGGGCCAAAGCUCCUUCCAAGCCCAUGAGUAGUUCCUCCCUGAGUCUCUCCCCGCAGAAUGCAGCCUCCCUUCCCUUGCUCUUCCCUCCCAGUGACGGUGGCUUCCUGGGGCCUUCCUGUGGAACCCAGAGGCGCUGAGGACUGUGGCCUGGCUGGCCGGCCAGCGUGGUGCUCCUCAGGACUGCGGCACUGAGAUGAAACCUGGCCUCAGUUCGGGAACAGGGGCCACAACAGGGCAGGAACUCAUUGCAUAGGAACCACAACCAGUGGGGCCCCAUCGUGUGAGGUGCCAGACCACACUAGCAGGCCUGGCUGUAUCUUUCAGGCUCAGCAUGUCCCCUAGACUGUGAAUUGGGGCUACAGCUUGCUGCAUGCCCCUCUCCCCUUCUUGAAUGUACUCUGAUCUUGCAGUGUGCUACUGGCUCUUUCUUGCCCAGCCAACACCCUGACUACCCUUUUUGCUCUGGGUCUUGCAGAAUUUUCUGCCCUGAGAUGUGGGGCAUAAAGUGGGCAAAACUUGAAAGAUCUUCAGUGCAGAUCCAGAUGGCCACUCUCGUCGUUAAAUUACUAGCUUCUUUGGAAUCAGUGUCCAGUGCUGAGCUGAAAAGGAGACGGAUUCCAAUCUCCUCCCACCCUUAAGGCUAUAGACAGUUCCAGGAAGACUGGAGAAUGGACACUACUGUUGAGCUGUGGCUAGAAGGGGACUGUCAUGUCCCUGUCCUUUAACCAGAUUGGCUGGGGAUGUCUGGAUAGAUGCCAGUGUGAGUGGUGAAGACCAUGUCUGCACAUGAGUUGGGGCAGCUGCUUGGAAUUCACUGCUGUGAUGCCAAAGCGUGUCCCAAGGCGACUCUCCCACUCUUCCAGACUCUUCUCUUAGGCAAGAAAGGCUGCCUGCUGUAUGAUACCUGAGCACAAAGCCAAGGAGCUGCAUUAAGUCUGUCUUUCUGUAAAGUCCUGAGUUUGUCAUUGGCAGAUUUCUGAGGUGUGGCUAGCUCUCUCUGACCGUGGGCGUCUGAGUGGGCAGGCCAGAAGACCGGACACUGAACACGCAUGCCAAAGUGGCCGGUCAUCUCAUUCGGACCUGGACAUGACCCUGUGGACUGUUCCAUGUGAUUCGGAACCCACUUUUUAUUAGCUUCCCAAUGCCUCUGGCCUUUCUCUUUUCCCCUGCCAUCCUGCCACUGAUAGUUUGUCAUAUAAAUUCCCCUGGUUGUGUUUUUUUUUUCUAGGAAAAAAAUUAAAAAGCAAAACAAAACAAAAAACCCAGAAACCACAAAUAAGAAUGUAAAUGCCAAUGGAUGCCUGUCA